GUUAGCGUGCACUCAACCUCUUAAAUGCUCUCUCUUCUCCUAUAUCAACUGAAAUCCGAGACUUUCCUUAGACCAUUGUGCCAGAUCUUUUCGCUGGAACAUUUAGUUCUACUGCUAAAGUUAUUCAUUUCUCUGUGAUUGUUUAAUAUUAUUCCAAUGGAGCUGGGAAGUAUUCUUCAGUUUCUUGAAAAUAAAAGCAUUCUAGUCACUGGUGCAACUGGGUUUUUAGCAAAGAUUUUUCUGGAGAAAGUUUUGAGGGUUCAACCAAAUGUCAAGAAGCUGUAUCUUCUCUUGAGAGCUGCAGAUGCUAAAGCGGCCACUCAUCGGUUCCACAAUGAGGUGAUAGCGAAGGACUUGUUUAGGGUUCUAAAGGAAAAAUGUGGCACAAAUCUGAAUUUGAUUAUAGCAGAAAAGACCACUCUCGUCCCUGGAGACAUUUCUUUGGAGGACUUGGGAUUGAAGGACUCUAAUUUAAGAGAAGAGAUGUUGAAAAACUUAGAUGUUGUCAUUAAUUUAGCUGCGACAACCAACUUUGAUGAAAGAUAUGAUGUUGCACUUGGCAUCAACACAUUGGGAGCUAAGAACGUUUUGAACUUCGCAAAGAAAUGUAACAAGUUAAUGGUCUUUGUUCAUGUAUCCACGGCAUAUGUAAGUGGGGAAACACCAGGUUUAAUAUUAGAGAAGUCGUAUCGUAUGGGAGAGACACUUAAUGGUGCAUUUGGAUUGGACAUUGAUGUGGAGAAGAAAGUGAUGGAGCAAGAACUUAACGAACUUCAAGCUGAGGGAGCAUCCGAAGAUGAAAUUAAAUUGGCCAUGAAAGAUUUGGGACUCAAAAGAGCAAAGAUGUAUGGAUGGCCGAACACAUACGUACUCACAAAAGCCAUGGGAGAGAUGCUUGUAGAUGAGUUGAAAGAAAAUCUGUCUGUGGUCACCAUUCGCCCUACCAUCGUAACCAGUACUUACAAACAACCAUUCCCCGGCUGGGCUGAAGGCAUAAGGACAAUUGAUAGCCUAGCUGUUGGCUAUGGUAAAGGGAGAUUAACUUGCUUACUUGGAGACCUCAAUUCAAUUAUUGAUGCGAUACCGGCUGACAUGGUGGUGAAUGCUACAAUUGUGGCUAUGGUGGCUCACGCAAGGCAGCAGCAAUCUGGUAAUGUGAUUUAUCAAGUGGGAUCCUCUUUAAGAAACCCUCUGAGAUACAGUGAUCUUCAAGAUUACGGCUACCGUUAUUUCACUAAGAAACCAUGGAUUAACAAGGAUGGAAAACCUGUUAAGGUUGGCAAGGUUAAUGUCAUGAACAGCAUGGCUAGCUUCCACAGAUACAUGGCCAUUCGUUACAUGCUGCCGCUUAAGGGAUUAGAAUUGGUAAAUACAGCAUUCUGCCAGUACUUUAAGGGGAUCCACAGUGAUCUCAGUAGGAAGAUAAAAUUCGUGAUGCGAUUAGUGGAACUUUAUCGACCAUACUUGUUCUUCAAUGGCAUCUUUGACGACAAGAACACAGUGAAGUUGCUAACGGCAGCAAGGGAUGACAGUGCCGUAGAGACAAACAUAUUUUACUUCGAUUCCAAGUGCAUCGACUGGGAAGAUUACUUCAUGAACACUCAUAUGCCAGGACUUGUGAAACAUGUAUUCAAAUGAAAGCCACAGCCAAUGCUUUUGCAAGCUUUACUAUUGGCAUCUCCAAAAAUUGUUAAGCGUCACUUAUUGAAGAAAGUAUGAUUUUAAUUAUUUGACAAAGUGUUUUAUCAAAAUGUAUCUGAUAUGGUGUUUUAUUUUCUAUAAUUUUUGUUCUUAUAGUUACAUGAAUAUGUUCAACCAUUGUUGGGAUUAUUAAUGUCCCUGUGCUUGUGAGGGUAAGAUUUGAAAAGAUGUAUGUUUAUGUUCUUCAAUUUGUUGUUAUCUUGAGCUCUGAUUAAUGUAAAAUAAAAUAUGAAAAAGAAUGCUCCAGGCUGCUUUCCUUUUCA